UGUGUGGUUAUUGUAGAUACAGUUUCCCGGGUUCGCGGCUGUUUUUGCUCUGUUUUCUGGAAGACGGGUUUCAAGAACCGGGAGAGAAAGGAAAAUAAUCGCCGGCUUCUGGAGAUACAAGGCCGGAUCAAACAAAAAGGAUUUUUUAAUUAAUUUAUUUUUUUCUUUUCCCUGCGAAUCUGUGCUAAACAGAAAGUCGUCUUAGCAACCGGGACAAGACGCAGCGGCCUGGAUUUACAUCGACUGCUUGACUACUGACGAGAGUCUGCGGAGAGGAACAGGCCUGGACUCUCAUUAAUCCCGAAAGCAAAAAAAAAAAAAAAAAACAAAAAAAAAAAACAAAAAAAAAACAAACAACAUUGCAUUUUGUGAAAGAAUAAGAUUAUUCGAAAACAGAUAAUUUCUAAGUCAGAGUUCACUUGAAUUCUUCAUAAGAAAACACAAAGGGAAACAUGACAUUUUAAAAAUGAUGUUGUCUUUGAGAGAACCAAACUGCACAGCUGGAGCACGCAUGUUCAAAGAUGCUUAAACUUCUGGAUACAAGAACACCAGCCUAGUUUAAGGUGUUUGAUCUUUUGAAUGAAGAAAUUAAAAAAAAUACACCUUUUAACUGAUGCUUUUCGUAGAAUUUGGGUGUACUUGUAAAGCUGGUUGCUUAUCCCUAUAAACAAAGUUAAGCACAUUAUUGGAUUUUAACUCCCUUUUGUUUGUUCCUGUGGGCCAUCUAUCUUCAUUAACAAAGGACGCUACUCGGGAGAGACUGAUCGCUUCUCUGGGAAGGAUCUCUCCACCCCAGCCCUCUUCCCUUAGCUGUGUUUGACUCCAGGUGGUAUAAAAUCUCCCACCCAUCUAGAACCCUGAAUCCCUACUCACGUGUCAGGAUGACGGAGGCGUGGCAACAGCAUGCUGUGGCCCCUCCCCCCGUUGUGCACACCAUCCCUCCCGGUGCAGAGAGUGCACUGGGGUGUGCAGUCUAUGGGAUUGUCCUGCAGCCAGACCCCGCCUUACAACAGCAGCAGCAGCAACAACAACAACAACAACAACAACAACAGCAGCAGCAGCAACACGCUGCCCAGGCCCAGGCCCAGGCACAGCAGUCUGCCCUACAGGUUGGGGAAGGUGGGCAUAAGUGUGGAGCUUGUGGCCAUGACAUCUCUCAUCUGGCCAACCCUCAUGAGCACCAGUGUAUGGUAGGCCAGGACCGCUCCUUCCAGUGCACUCAGUGCCUCAAGAUCUUCCACCAGGCUACUGACCUUCUGGAACACCAGUGUGUCCAGGUAGAGCAGAAACCCUUUGUCUGUGGCGUGUGCAAGAUGGGCUUCUCUCUCCUUACCUCCCUGGCCCAGCACCACAAUGCGCACAGCAGCACUAACCCCAUGAAAUGCUCCAUCUGUGAAAAGACCUACAGGCCCAACUCUGCAGGGGCUGGUAACACCACCCCAACAUCUUCGUCUGGCAAUCCUCAGCAGCCCUCGGUCGAGGUCCCUGAUAGGUCAGGGGCAGUAGUAGGGGGUACUGCCAGUGCAGUAGGUGUAGUAGUUGGUGCCUCAGCACCGACAGAAUUCGAGGCAUCCUCCCCUGACCGACCAUACAAAUGUUCAAUCUGCCAGAAGGGUUUCCGGCACCUGUCGGAACUGUCGCGGCACGAGCGAGUGCAUACAGGAGAGAAGCCGUACAAGUGUGACGCCUGCGAUAAGAGUUUCAGCCAGUCAUCGCACCUGGCGCACCAUCAGCGCACACACAGUGCUGAGCGACCCUACAAGUGUGCGGCCUGCGAGAAGAGCUUCAAGCACCGCUCCCACCUCGUGCGUCACAUGUACGCCCAUUCCGGAGAGCACCUCUUCAAGUGCAACCUGUGUGAGAUGCACUUCAAGGAGUCCUCUGAGCUCCUGCACCACCAGUGCACCCCAGCAGGAGAGAGGCCCUUCCGUUGCGCCACCUGUGGUAAGGGGUUCAAGCGCCCCUCAGACCUGCGGCAGCACGAGCGCACCCACUCGGAGGAACGUCCCUUUCAGUGUGAAGAGUGCCAGAUGAGCUUCAAGCAACAGUACGCUCUGGUGCGGCACCGGCGCACCCACAAGACCCAUGACCGCCCUUUCAAGUGCAACCUAUGUGACAAGGGCUUCCUGCAGCCCUCUCACUUGCUCUACCACCAGCAUGUGCAUGGCAUAGAGAGCCUCUUCAAGUGUGCGUCCUGCCAGAAAGGCUUUAGCCAGUCCGGGGACUUGCUGCGGCACAAGUGUGGUGGGGCAGCUUCAGCAAUGGCUGCUGUCGAUAGGCCAUACAAAUGCGAUAUUUGCGGCAAGGCUUACAAGAAGUCCUCCACCCUUCAGCGGCACCAGAACUCACACUGUGCUGAGAAGCCACUCAAGUGCACCCUCUGUGACCGACGGUUCCUGUCCUCCUCUGAGUUUGUGCAGCACCGCUGUGACCCGGCACGUGAAAAACCACUCAAGUGUCCAGACUGCGAGAAGCGGUUCAAGUACUCGUCUGAUCUGCAGAGGCACCGGCGUGUCCACACCGGGGAGAAACCAUUUAAGUGCCCCAGCUGUGACAAAGGGUUCAAGCAGCGGGAGCACCUGGCCAAGCACCAGAGUGUGCACGCGCGGGAGGCCCAGUUCAAGUGCGUCUGGUGCGGUGAACGCUUCGGGGAUCUUGUGGCGCUGCAGGAGCAUAGUGUCCAGCACACUGCAGAGGGAGGUGGUUACCCUGUCCCACCCUGCAUACAGUAAGCAUGGACACGCCACUAACCCACACCCAGUCCUCCUCACUACCACCCCCACAGUCUGAUUCACUGACUCUGAGUGGUCACACUUUUUUGCAGCAUAUGUAUGUGUGUGUAUUUGGGCAGCAGGGUUACCUCCCUUAAAGACUUAUUUUUUAUAUUGUUUUCCACGAGCUAACUCAUCUCCUUCCUCCUUGGCCCCAGACUGUUUUAACUGGGGAAGAGUGUUGUAUUACUGGGGGGAAUAAAAGGGGGGAGGCGGGGUGGCAAGUCAGCCUCUUACCCCUACUUCUAUUAGAGCUUUGUUUGGGUAGGGGGAUUCAUUUUAUUCAAAGGGAUAAUACAGCUUGAUGAACAAGAUUUGUGUGCACACUCUCCUCCCCUGCCACUUUUUUUUUUUAUUCAGGCUGACUUUUAAAAAAAAAAAAAAAAAAAAAAAAAAAAAAAAAAAAUCUAUAUAUAUUUAACUGCAAUGAGGGAUUGUCCGUUUUCUAGUGGGGAAACACAGGCCUAGACAACCCUGUGUUGUUCUGGGGUCAGAGUUCAACUGUAAUGAACAUUUUUUGUAUUUUUCUGAAAAUGACUAACUCCCCCUUCAUCCCAAAGACUUUUCCUUGUGUCUCUGUUCCUGUAAAAAGAAUCAAGAAGAAAAAUGUUUGCUGUUCUGUCCUUAAGGGGGUUCUUGGCGAUCCCUUGACUCUCCAGGCAGCACAAGGAAGGGCUCUGUUCCAUACCUCUCUUCUGUUGCUGAUGCUCUAAGAUUUUGAACAAGUUAAUUGGGAGGUUCUAUUGUGUUUGUAUACAAACUAUAGACAGCUGCAGGGCCAACAACAACAGUUGCAACACAGAAAUAUGUGAGUUUCUUCAUCUUUUAGCCACUUGGUUUUGCCAAUAUCUGGGUGAUGCCGAAAGACCUUACAAAUCCAAUACCGGGGAGUCUCAGGUUAAGACAGUAGCAUCACAGUACAACGUGGAGUUUAAACGUUUCUAUAAAGCAAAACCUGAUAAAUUAGGUUUGUCCUGUAGGCUGUUGGCAGCAAUGCCAUAAUGUCUUUAGUCCAAUAAUUAACUUCUAGUUCUGUGUAGCAUGCAUCAAACUUGACUCCCUCAUGGGCAUCUGUCUUGUCCAGAAGGGAUUAGGGGGGCAAUUUGCAAUGGUAUACUGUGCUUUAAUAUCUACUUUUUGGACAAUUUGCAUAGCAGUUUUUCUGACACAAAAUCUGACAACGUUCUUAAAACUGCAAGUUUGUUUCUUCUACUGGACCCUGUAUCCCAAAACCCAUACCAAGAGAAUUUGGUAGCAAAUAGGAUUAGGAGCAGGUGCUGCAUUAUAUAAUGGCAGGCAUUUAUCCCCUUGCAGUGUUUUUAUAUUUCUAUUGUCUUCUAUUUUUGGUGAACUUCUAGUCAGAAGUGAUCUUGCUUACUGCAAAGUUGCAUUCCAUAUGCCCUUGGCCUGGGAACGGGGUGUUAGACAGGAUCAGUGUGGGACUGAAGGCCAGCAAAUAAGUGCUUACAGGAAGAAGAAACUGAGAGGUGGGGGUUGUGUUUGUGAAAUUCGAUAAGUGUGUUUCAUUGUAGCUUUUCUUCCAUUCUCCCCGAGAUGUUGAAAAUAUGGAAGUAUUUUAUGCUGCAUAUACAAAGUUAUUGGAUUAGGUAGUGGUGCACCUGUUCUCCCUUAUAGGAUAAGUAGUAUAAGAGGUACCAAAAC